UGUAAUUAAAGUGAGUUGCCAUUAAAGCAUUAAUUUUUAUUUUGAAGUCAUGAAUUCUGAAAAGUUUGAUUUAGUUUUUUUAACAUUUCAAAAAUGGAUUUUUCUGUGAAUAUAUCAAAUGACAAUGGUUGUGUGAAAAAGUUAAAUAAAAGAAAAAGAAAGAAAAAGGGAAAUAAGAAAGAAAUUUCAAAAAUGGACCUAGAUGACACCAAUUCAAUAUUGAAAGAUGAAGAUAUAACUAUUAACAUGGAAUCAGAACAAAAUGGCAAUAAUUAUUUUAUUGAAGUCAGGGGGAAAAAGAAAAAAAAAGAGCAUCCUCCAUCCAUCAUAUUUGAUAUUGAUGAACUUUUUUCUUUGGGAGGAAAACGAGCAAUGAACACUUCAUUAAAUAUAAGUGAUAUUCGUACUCUCUUAUUAUCUGCAACUGACCCGAACUUUACAGUGCUUCCCAAUUGGUGUCAGCUUAAAGCAAGAAAUAGAAUUAAACGCUCUCUUUUUAUAAUGGUUAGCGGCGUUUCAGAAGAUGAUUUCAAAAAUAAUAUGGAUUGUUUUCCAUUCUUAACAAAAAAUUUUGAAAAACAUGUUCCUGUUCGAAAUGAUGGCUCUGAUAACAUGAUCAAAUCUCCAUUAGAGAGCUACUUAAUGUAUACUAUUUCAAAAAAGAUACUUCUAAAACAGUCUAUUAAAAAAACUAAUGACUAUGAAGAUACUGAACUUGAUUUUCAUGAUUACAUUUUAAGUGAUUUUCAAUUGAAAGUCAAUGAUUACCCUGAAUGGAACUCAGCUGCUCUUGAGCAUGGCAUUAUUUCUACUCGAAAAAACAAUGAAGUAAUGCGUGCACACAAAAAUAGUAAAUUAUUAGCAAUAGAUUGUGAAAUGUGCAGUGUUAUGGGAGAUAAACGUGCUUUAACACGAGUGUCUAUUGUAGAUGAUAAAUUGAAUCUUGUUUAUGAUCAACUUGUUCAACCAGAUUCCCCUAUUACAGACUAUCUUACACAGUUCAGUGGGAUAACUCCUGCAAUGUUACACGGAGUAACAACCACACUUCAAGAUGUACAAAGAGAUUUACUUAAAAUUAUCCAACCAGAUACAAUAUUAAUUGGUCAUUCACUCGAUUUUGAUUUGCGUUCUUUGAUGCUUCAUCAUGACAAUAUCAUUGAUACAUCUGUACUGUAUGUUGAUAAUCGUGGGCCAAGAUAUAAAUCAUCUCUCCGUUGCCUUGUAAAAAGUUACUUAAAUCGAGAUAUUCAAAACACAGAUAAAGGACAUUGCUCAAUUGAAGAUGCAAGAGCCUGUAUGGAGCUAGUGAAAUUAAAAAUAAAAAAAGGACCAUCAUUUGGAAAUCCACUUAUUGAUAAAGAAAGUAUAUUUGAUGGUUUAACUCGAGCUGGAAAAAGAGGUGUGAUAUUAGAUUUAAUCCACAUUGUUCGUCAAUAUGCUAAUGGAAAUAAUCAUGGAAUCGCAUGCACCUCAGAUGACCAGGUUGCGUCAAAUGGGAAGAAAAUUGUAAAUACUGUUGAUUUUACUUUUUGCAAUUUCAGAAGUUAUGAACAACUUUUAAAAUCAGAAGUUGUUGUCACUGAAAAGGAACAAAAGGAAACUUUGCGAAAGAUAGAUGAACAUAUUUCUGAAGUAGUUUUAGUUGCUGAACCCAGUUCCAUUGUUGUAAUUGCAUUGAGUAAUGGUUUCAUUCCAUCUAAAACAAUGAGAUUGCUUCGAGACAAAGAGCAGCGAAAUUGUGAUGAGGUAAAGAAUGCAGUGAAAAAAGCAAAACAAGGAGCAUGUUUUUUGAAAAUCACGCGAUAGAUUAACAUUGCAGAAUUAAAGUGAUAAAUCACGCGAUGGACUGUUAAAAAUCACAGAAUUAAAGUGAUAAAUCACGCGAUAGAUUACAGAAUUAAAGUGAAACAUGCUGCUCGUAUGAAAAUUACUUCACUCAAAAAUAAUUGUAUUUUUUUAAAUUGUUAAAAUAAUACGAUAUGAUUUUAGAAGAA